UGGACGACGAUAGAGAGCGACCCGGGAGUUUUCACCGAGCUCCUGGACCGGAUGGGCGUCAAAGGCGUGCAGAUGGAGGAACUGUGGUCUCUGGACGAUGACAGCCUCAACAGCCUGCAGCCCAUCUACGGCCUCAUCUUCCUAUUCAAGUGGCAGAAGGAGGAGGACGAGCGGCCCGUGGCGACAGACUAUGAGGAGCGGGGCGUGUUCUUCGCCUCCCAAGUCAUUCACAACGCCUGCGCCACCCAGGCGCGCCGCUGCCCCUGCUCCCGCCGCUCCUUUCGCAGCCCUGCCAUUGUGAGCGUGCUGAUGAACCGGCCUGAGCUGGAGAUUGGGCCGGAGCUGAGCCAGCUGCGGGAGUUCACUCGGGGCUUCCCGCCAGACAUGAAGGGCCUGGCCAUCGGCAACAGCGAGACCAUUCGCUCGGUGCACAACUCCUUCUCCCCGCCGCAGCCCAUCCUGCCGCCCGAGGAGCGGGACGACGACAAGGGGGAGGCCUUCCACUUCAUUGCCUACGUGCCCGUGGGCGGCUGCCUGUACGAGCUGGAUGGGCUGAAGGAGGGGCCCAUCAAGCUGGCAGACUGCAGCGAGGGCGACUGGCUGACCAAGGCGGCCGCCGCCAUCACCGCUCGCAUCAGGCGUUACGCGGCCAGCGAGGUCAAGUUCAACCUGAUGGCGUGCAUAGAGGACCGGCGGCAGAAGCACCAGCGGGAGCUGGCCCAGCAGCGGCGCCUGCAGGUGCGGCUGCGGGGUCCGCACAGCGCAGCCACACAGCGCAGCUGGGAUGGGGCUGCUGGGCUGGCGGGCCAGGCAGGCAUGCCCGCUCGCUCGCUCGCUUGCCCGCGGCUGCAGGCCCAGCUGGCGAUGGAGGAGGAGCGGCGGGGGCGGUGGCGGGACGAGAAUGUGCGGCGGCGCACAGACUAUAUCCCUUUUGCCUUCCAGCUGCUGUCGGCGCUGGCGGAGCGCGGCCAGCUGCAGCCGCUGGUGCAGAAGGCGCAG